AUGCUGUUAGCUGCUUCGGAGGCGCACAGGCUCCUCGGCCACUGGGAGCAGGCGCAUCAAGAUCUUGCAGAGAGCCAGAAGCUGGACUUCGAUGAUGACACUGCGGAGUUACAAAAACUUGUGGACUCCAAGUACAAGAAAAUUGCAGAGCGCAAGAACAAAGAGCGGUUGCGGUCAGAGCAACGCAAAGAGAAGGAGAGAAGGCGAAGGAAGGAAGAGGCACAGCGAGCCUACGAAGAAGCAAAGAAGCCUCCGCCAGGAGCAGGCUAUGGAGGAUUCCCUGGAGGAGGCUUUCCGGGUGGUUUCCCUGGCAUGCCCGGUGGCAUGCCCGGCGGUAUGCCUGGCAUGCCCGGUUUGGACCCGAGCAUGCUGAGCGGUAUCAUGAGUGAUCCAGAGCUCAUGCAGGCUUUUUCCGAUCCAAAAAUGGCGGCGGCCAUGCAGGACAUCAUGAGCAAUCCUGGAAACAUCGCGAAGUACCAGAAUGAUCCUGACGUCAUGAACCUCAUAAACAAGGUGAUGGGAGCUUUUUCCAAAUUUGGAGGAGGCAUGCCCGGUGGCAUGCCUGGUGGGUUUGGCGCCGCCGGAGGAAGUGGCUCGGCAGGGGCAUCUGCAGGACCAACCGUGGAGGAGGUUCCAGAGGCAACGAACGUUGAUGAAGUCGACUGA